AUGCAUUCCCACUUGUACAGUAUGAUUAUUGUAGACCUGUUAUUUGAUAGAACUCCCCUCACUCCCACCCCACCCUGGAUUAGCAGGAGGAGGUUUGGUGCAGUGCUCAGUAUAAUUCCGAUAGCCAAUUCUGUAACUAAGUUGACUGCACGAUGCGAGCUAUAUCAUGAGUGUGCUUUCUUUACUUUGAGGAAGACGAGGAGACUGAAACAGAACUUAUUGCUAGCGCCAAAGUAUAUGCCCUUGUGCCGUAAGCGCACUGUGAUUGGGCAAGUGGUCAAAGUGGCUGUGCAAGGAAGUCCUUGA